AUGCCUCCUAAGAAAAACAGUAAAUCUACAGCAGGUGGCCACUUCUCAGGAAUUACUCGUGCAGGGCCGGGAACCGUCGACAUUGGCAGCAUGGUGCCUCAGCACAGCAUUGCUGGGACGUCUGUCGAGAUGCCCAGCAACCUAGGCCAUGAUGGGCAGGUGGUCAGAUCCACCGAAGCCCGUUCCCUUACCACAGCCGUGUCAUCCGGCGUCCAACAAACUGAGGCCAGUGGAAAAUCCAACAAUCCCUCAUUUCACGCCAUAAACAUCGGCAACUACUGCCACUUCUGUUGCGACCACAUCCAACAACCAUACUGCCAUGAAUGCGUCGAUUGCGGCGGCAUCAUGUGCCAACAGUCCAUUCCUUGGGGCAGCAGCUGCAUCUAUUACGGAACAGUGGAUACCACCAAGGACGCUCCACUGCCCUAUGCUGUCCUGGGAUACUGGAUACGGAAGAAAGUUAAGAUGGCCUGGCCCAUGGCAAUCGUCAGCCUGAGUCUGGAGUCCCUGAAAGACAACUACCUAGCAUCAACGGUGAGAUGUGAGGUAGAGUAUCACUACAAGGAUAAUCGUGAGAAUCUGUUCGUGAAAGAGUUGCACAUGCGCGGGGGUGCGCAUGUGACCCAGUCCAGGAAGCUUGCUGAAGGCGUUAGCUUCAUGAAACAUAACAUUGAAGCUGGAUUUCCCCCCAACACAUUUGUAAUCGUCGACACCCAUUCCAACAAAGAAAUUGUGACCACGUACCUCGGCGAGGAGUUCCUGAAAGGCACGGCAAACGCUUCGCUUGCUGCAACGAGUGACGAAUCCGUCAUCACCACAAAGACAGGCAAAGAGCCAUGGUGCAAGCUCACCCCCAAUGCCAGAGGGGGCAGAAGAGUACUGAUGCUGCUGGUGGAUAAAGACAUGUUUGAUUUUGUGCUGGGGUUCAGUGGAUCAGGGAUGUUGCCGUCCUUCAUAUCAACAAUCAUGAGAUCUCUCAUUGUCGAGUGUGGGGGCAUCUUGAAUUACACUACUGCUGUCCUGGUGUAUGCCACCACCACCAAAGGCAAACAAAAUGUCGAGUGUCAUCAGAUAGCGAAGAAUAGCCCUGGGCGCCAUGCAUUUGGCACUGAAUACAGGUCCUGUGGCACAGCAGGGUGCAAUCUGUCUGUGACAAACAUAUGUGUGUACAAUCGCAGCACAGGUAGACCCAAGGUGAGUCUACUGUGCUUGAAGUGCGGUUGGACAUCUGUGUGGGUGAGGACGGAUGAAGACAACGAGCAUUUCAAGAGGGUUCACCCAGUCCUGGCACCACAAGUCUUCUGGCACCAUUUCCCGCCUUCCACAGGCCUACAAAACUUUUUCGUAGAUCUCACCGACAAUAACAAGGACAAAUCAUCUCAAUCAUGCAGGGAAAAGGAGGGCAAGAGCAAAGGAGGCAAAGGGAACGCAAAGAAGAGACGUCAUGCCGUGAUGGACGAACACAUGAUGGAGGAUGAAGUCAAUCCUAUUGCCAUGGAUGUCGAUGCAUGA